AUGGGUUUCACUGUACGGCGGGCAUUGGGCUUAUUGGUCAUGUUUGUCGGCUACCAAUUCUAUUGCGUCCAUCAGUCCUUGCAUGAGCACUUCAUGGAGGAUGAGGUGACCAUCCCGGAGGACUGGGUUCAAGUGUCCCCCACAGAGCUGGCCUUCUUCUUUCAGACCAACCAGGUGUCGCGCCGGAUGGAGUUCUCCAUCGCCACCGUUCGGGCGCUGCUCCCGGAGGCGCCCUUCUACUUGUUGAGCGACGGAGGACCCUCGUUCCAAGAGGUGGCUGCCAAGUGGAACGUCUCCGCCUUUCGCUCGGAGAUGGCGAUGCACUUGGCCAAGUAUGCGAAUCCCAAUUUCACCUGCCAUCGGCACCUGCAUCGACUGGAAGAAGCCGCACGUUGGGCGGAAGCCCGAAACGCUCGGUACCUGAUGAUUUGGGAAGAGGAUACGCGCAUGUUGAGACCUUUGAAGGGUUUUCCAGAUGCGGACAUGAUCACCAUGGGCAACAUCAAGAACACUCAUUGUGGCGCCUUUGCACCCGGAAAGGUCGCCUUUUUGAAACCAGAGGAGAUGAGUCCUGGCGACGCCAGACGGAAGAGGCAAGCUGCACGCUAUGCAGCGAGAAGAGGCUUUUCUGCUGGACCUGCCAGUGCUGUGAAGAUCAAAUCUUUCCUGGCUGCUCUGGAGAAUACCAGUGAAACAGAUCUUGAGGCAAUGUACGCGGUCCAAGACAUGUGCUGGGAAGAUUUCGCGCUGGCCAACGGCUUGGUAGUCAAGCGAUCACCGGAAGUUCAGCAGAUCACAGGAUACUUCCUGGACCUGGACCAUGCCUUGCAUCGACCCAAAGUGGACGAUCUCUGGCGAAGGAAUUUGCAUUGCUUGUCCUGUUUGGACUCAUGUAAAUCCAGCUGUGGGUGUGGACCCAAUCGAUCAUUGAUCGAACAUCUUCGUUUUAUGGUCGCCCACCUGAACGAGUACUGGAAUCCCCAGUGGUCCGUGUGGCGAAAGUCGCAGCUUCUGUGGGCCCGAGUGUUCCUCUGGCUUCGGGUGCUGGUCGAGCUGCAAGAGUGGAUGCAUGAAGCUCCUCAGAUUGGCAGCUCAAGAGAUUUGGAGCCGAGCAGUGCCAUGAACAACAAGCGGACCGUUCUGUGCGAGCACUGGCUCCGUGGCUAUUGCCGCAAUGGCACCAAGUGCAACUUCGCGCACGGCGCGACCCAGCUCCGUCGGCCCGAAGCCAAGAAUGCCCACCCAGAGGACACGGAACUGCGCAAAGCUGUGAAUGGAGAAGCUCCGGCACCAGCGAAACUUCUCCAGUGGCGUGAACAGCUUGCUGCACUUCCACAGGGAAGGCAGUUGAGCUUCAAAGGUCUGCGACCAACGGAAAGGUAUGCACUGCACCAGCUGGCCAAUGAAUUCCAGUUGACGCACAUGUCAACUGGAGUUGGUGACCAGCGACGACUCCACAUCCUGAGGCCUGCGCCGCAGGAGAGCUCUCAAGCAUCCCAAGAGACCUCCAGUGGACGUCUAUCACGAGCUGAGCAGAAACGUCGUAAGAAGGAACGACUGAGAUCCCAACCUUCCAAACAAUCUACCCCAGGAGACCUGCAGACUUCUACUGGUAUGGAGAAUGGCAUGGAAGGAGAGAGUGAUGGAGUGGAGGAAGAGAUGUUGCGGAUGCAAGAGCUGCAGUGGUCUGGCAAGCGCUUCGCACAUUCUGUGAUGCUGAGUGCCAAAAAAAUUGCACAUGCAGCCAAACUGCUUGGCGACUCCUUCGCGGCUCAUCAGUGGCACUGGGACUUGGUUGGUAUCUCAGGUCUUGCUGUCAAAGAGCUUCAUGACACCUUCUUUGAGGAAGCACGGGUGGAUGCCAGGGCAAGGUUGUUCUUGGGCUUGGAACCUGAAGCCAUCCUUGCAAGGAGGGACAGGGAGAUGCGUCUCCGGAGCAUCAUGGCCUCAGCCGAAGGGCGAUCCAAAGAGAUCCUGGUGCAACAUGGCGGCAACGGCGCCGCUGCCCAGCCGUCCCUGCUGAAGUUACACGGGCAGCUGGUGGAGGAGGCACAUCAGGUGAUGUAUCCCUCGAUUUCUCGAGAAGAGCUGCAGCAAAGGCGGCAGACCUUCGGCAACGUCAAGUGGACCGAAGAAGUGAUGCAGCAACUCCUGUCCUACUCACCCUUAGUGGAGGUUGGAGCCGGUGAAGGUCAAUGGCAAGCAGAGCUGCGCAGACGUGGUGCUGAUGUUGUUGCUUUUGACAACCUCUCGAGCCCCAGUCGUUUCGAUGCAGCAUCUUCCAGGUUAGUGGUUCCAGGGGCUGAUGUGCAACAAGCAGAUGCCGAAGCGGCCGUCUCCCAAAGCGCAGGGCGAACCUUGCUGAUGGUGUACCCUCCACCUGGUGAAAUGGCAUCCAGGUGCCUGCAGCGUUACAAGGGGGAGACCCUCAUCUAUGUUGGGGAAGGUCGAGGUGGUGUCAACGGUGACGACCACUUCUUCGACCUGUUGGCACAAAACUGGAAGUUGGAGGACACCUUGAGUCUGGAGACUCUGCCAUGGCCAAGUGCUGAGGAAAAGUUUGAGCAGAGCGUAUGUCUGGUUGGUGGUUUGGAACAUUUUGGAACAUUUUCUAUUUUCCAUAAUAUAUGGGAUAAUCCUUCCCAUUAA